CAUGCCUGACCCAGCGAAGACGGCGCCCAAGAAGGGCUCCAAGAAAGCCGUGACCAAGACCGCCGGCAAAGGUGGUAAGAAGAAGAGAAAGACCAGGAAGGAGAGCUACGCUAUCUACGUGUACAAGGUGCUCAAACAGGUGCACCCCGACACCGGUAUCUCCUCCAAGGCUAUGAGCAUCAUGAACUCCUUCGUCAACGACAUUUUCGAGAGGAUCGGCAGUGAGGCUUCCCGCCUGGCGCACUACAAUAAGCGCUCCACCAUCACCUCCAGGGAGAUCCAGACUGCCGUGCGCCUCCUGCUGCCCGGAGAGCUGGCCAAACACGCCGUGUCUGAGGGCACCAAGGCCGUCACCAAGUACACCAGCUCUAAGUAAACUGCGCCUGCGCGUUUAUCCCAAAAUAACGGCCCUUUUUAGGGCCACACACAGCCUACAAAGAGCGCUGUCUGUUUUUUUUUUUUUUUUCUUUUAAAGAUUCAGUUUAAGGGUUGCAGCACAAUACCUGUCAGUAAUGACAGUUCUUUACAAAACAUUAAAUGAUCGGGGCCAGUGUCUUUCUAAACUUAAGUGGGACUCUAGUUCUUCAAGUCAUUUCAUUAAGGUUGAGCAGUUUCACUCUUAACCUACACAAAGCCAUAUUUCGGUCCUAAACUCUCAAAAAUAUUCAGUUGGUGUUUUUCUUUAUUGUACAACUAGUCAUCGUUCGUGAUGAAUUUAGGAUGUUCUGCUUCAGUCUUGUUCCUCCUCAGGUGUGAGGAGUGCAGCCCGUUUUGUUCACCUGUUCAGAUGAUUUGAAGCUUCUCUGUCAUCUGUCCGAUAGGUCAUCUAUAUCGCACCUCCACAGAGUAUGAAUUGUGUGGAGGCUUGUCUUCCAAGUCAUCUAUUAAAAAAAAAUAUAUAUAUAUAUAUAUAGAUAGAUAGAUAGAUAUGUGAUUGUUCAGUUUAUUUUAUUUUUUAAUGAGAUAUUGUCCUUUGCCUGAUUACAUCUGUGCUGUUUUCAGAAAAAAAACAGCUUAACCUGACAUUUUAUGAUAUUACCAUUUUGGGGAAAUUUACACACACAGAAUACAUACAAAAUUUAUUAUAUUAUAAAUGACCCCUUUCUUGAAACAAUAAUUCAAGUAGUUCAAUGCAUCAUGAGGCUUCAUCUCACCAUCAUUAAUAGUUGGUUAUAAUUGCUUAGAUAUGGUGUCUGGGAUUUGACAGUAACCUUUUCGUAAUAUAUAUAUAUAUUAUAUAAUUUUUACUUUUAAUGGACAGGAACUCUCACUUCGCAUCAAGACCUGACGUGGCAAAGGAUUUUUGGAUGAGUUGAGUAGUAAUAAC